UCUCAAGGCGGUGCUAUAACUUGGGAGUGUCAGAUGGGCGUUUUGACAUUUUUUUACGCCAUUCUGCAAACCCUUCAACUGAACAUUUCCUCCCGAUCGCCGCAUUUGUCGCUUUGAACUUGUCUUUCGUCGGCGAACUAACUUGUACGUGUGGUGUAUGAAGACCUCCGUUAAAUCGUCUCUCGGUAUCUACUAGGACGAAGCAAAGCCUCCAGAGGAACCAAGGUCCCGAGGACGUGGGCGUGAUGUCAGCCCCUGCUGAGCCCGAGGGCAAGGAACUGAGUCCAGUGGACUUUAUCCAGCUGCAGCAGUACAUAGACUACUGCAGUUUGAAGGUGAAAGAUGUGCUAAGAGAAUUCGAUGCAGAUGGCCAGCUGGCCCAGUACAGGCACGGGGAGUGCAUCGGUGAGGAUGGCUUCCGUCUCUUCCUGAAGACGUAUCUGGAGGUGGAGGAGUUCCCAGCCGACCUCUGCCAGCGCUUGUUCAGAUCCUUCCAGACCACCCCCCAGGCCCGAGAGGUGUGUCUGAAGGACGUGUCCUGCUAUUUCUCGCUCCUGGAGGACGGACAGCCCAGAGACAAACUUGAGUUUGCCUUCAGACUUUAUGACAGAGAUGGCAAUGGAGUUCUGGACAGUUCGGAAGUGGACCGGAUUAUUGCACAAAUGAUGCAUGCAGCGGACUAUCUGGGCUGGGAUGUGUCAGAACUCAGGCCUGUGCUAAAGGACAUGAUGACAGCAAUUGAUGCAGACAGCAGUGGAACUGUGUCAUUGGAUGAGUGGGUGGAAGGAGGCAUGAACAACAUCCCUCUGCUGGUCUUACUGGGACUAAAGGUGACUCACAAGGACGGACAGCACCUGUGGAGGAUGAAACACUUCAACCGGCCCGUCUACUGCAACGUGUGCCAGAGCAUGUUACUGGGACUGCGCAAACAGGGCCUCUGCUGCACCUGCUGCAUGUACACAGUACACGGGCGGUGUGCCAACCGGAACCCGGCUCCAUGCAUUCGCACAUACGUCAAGUCCAAGAAAGACGCAGGGAUUUCAGCCCAUGACUGGGUGAGUGGGAACUGCGACUCUGGUAAAUGUGACAGGUGUCAGAAGAAGAUUAAGAGUCUGCAGGGCCUCACAGGCAAACGCUGUGUGUGGUGCCACACAAUGCGGCAUGGCGAGUGUGCUAACCAGAAGCCGUCCGAGUGUAACUGCGGCCCGCUGAGAGAUCACAUUUUACCACCAUGGGCCAUAUACCCUGUCAUCAAGGAGAGGCCAAACUGCGUGAAGGAUGGCUGCACAGGUGGCCCUGACGACACUGACCACAACACUACUCCUGAUGGCCAGGUACUGCAGAUCAUUCCUAUUCCUGACACUCAUCCUCUCCUGGUGUUUGUGAACCCUAAGAGUGGAGGCAAACAGGGGGAAAGAGUUCUUCGCAAAUUCCAGUACUUGUUAAACCCUCGACAAGUUUACAACCUGUCAAGUGGUGGACCAGGACCAGGGUUAUGUUUCUUCAGGGACCUUCAGGAUUACAGAAUAUUAGUUUGCGGAGGUGAUGGAACUGUGGGUUGGAUCCUUGAUGCCAUAGAUAAGGCCGGCUUGCCAGUAUGUCCCCCAGUGGCUGUGCUUCCUCUUGGCACAGGAAAUGACCUCGCACGGUGUCUAAGGUGGGGAGGAGGCUACGACGGCGUGGACCUGAGUCGCAUUCUGAAGGAGAUCGAGUACAGCACUCCAGUGCUGAUGGACCGCUGGAGUGUCCAGGUGGAGUUAGAGGACAGCCAGGAGAGAGGAGACCCUGUGCCUUACGAAAUCAUCAAUAACUACUUCUCCAUUGGAGUGGAUGCCUCGAUUGCUCAUAGGUUUCACACUAUGAGAGAAAAGCAUCCACAGAAGUUUAACAGCAGAAUGAAGAACAAGCUGUGGUACUUCGAAUUUGCCACGUCAGAGACGAUUUCAGCUUCCUGCAAGAAACUCAAGGAGUGCCUCACCAUUGAGUGUUGUGGCAUUCAGCUGGACCUAAGCAACCUUUCUCUGGAGGGCAUAGCUGUCCUCAACAUUCCCAGCAUGCAUGGUGGCUCGAACCUGUGGGGUGAAGCCAAAAAGAGUGACCGAGCUGGCCAGGAAGUUCCUGAAGUCAUAGUAGAUCCAGAGGUGUUAAAAGUCAGCCCUCAAGACAUGAGUGACGAGCGUCUGGAGGUGGUGGGAUUGGAGGGAGCCAUGGAGAUGGGUCAGAUUUACACGGGUCUGAAGAGCGCCGUGCGACUCGCCAAAACCUCCAAGAUCACCAUCAGGACAAGGAAGGCCAUGCCCAUGCAGAUCGAUGGCGAGCCAUGGAUGCAGCCUCCGUGCACUAUUCAUAUCACACACAAGAACCAAGCCAGAAUGCUGAUGGCUCCUCAGGCCAAGUCAAGCUUCUUCAACCUGAAGUAGCGCCUCCAUCUCUGGCCCCAGCCAGGCGAACCCCUGCGCCUGUGUGGUCAAUGAAUAGCAACUCGCACGGACACUGAAAUCAAUGCGUCCGUGCAGCCUAAUAGAAGUGUGUGUGUGUGUGUGUGUGUGUGUGUGCGUGUGUGUGUGUGCGCGCGUGUGUGUGUGUGUGUGCAC